UCUAAAUUGGGUUGGAUUAUCUCAGGCAAGGUGACCUUUGAAUCCCAUGAGCCCAACAGAGUUGUGGUGAACCAUUCGUGUGUAAAUACGGAUGAGUUAGUGAGAUCAUUUUGGGAACUUGAAAAUAUUCCCUCAUCUCGAUUAUUAAAUACUGAGGAAAAGUUGUGUGAAAUUCAGUUCAAGAAAAAUGUUUGGAGAGAUGAUCACGGAUGAUAUUAUGUUGCAUUACGCUUUUAACCCGAUAGAAAGGUGUUAGGAAAUUCUCGUGUUGCUGCCCUUAGAAGACUUUACAGUUUAGAAAGGAGAUUCGCUACGAUACCAGAUAUCUAUAAUCAGUACCGACAAUUUAUGCAGGAAUAUUUGUCGUUAGGACACAUGGAGUUAAUCUCACCUAAUUGUAAAGACUUAGAAAAUCAACAUUAUUAUAUCCCUCACCAUUAUAUAAUUUCAGAGAUUAAAACCUAUUUCAAUUCCAAGGAUGGAAUUAUGUGCAGCAGUUUUAUUAGUUCAUUUGGUGCAAGCAAUACAAGGUGCAUUUCAGAUUAAAAUUAAUUCUAUAUUUGCAUGGAGUGAUUCAACCAUAGUGCGUUCUUGGUUAAAGGCUAAUCCUUCUAGGUGGCAAGUAUUCGUCGCCAACAGAGUAUCAGAGAUACAAUCCAUUCUGCCUGCAGAAAAUUGGAAUCACAUUGACAAAAACAAAAAUCCUGCAGAUUGUGCAUUACGUGGACUCUUACCUUCAGAACUUGUAGAACAUGACUUAUGGUGGAAUGGCCCAAAAUGGCUGAUGUCCAAUGACAUCCCAUUUACCAAGAAUAUACCUAUUUGUGAGGCAGCAUUAAGGGAGGAGCGUAAACAUGCUACUUGUAGUGUUAGCACAAACAUAGAAGAGCUGCCUGUCAUUAGUAAAAUAUCAUCAUUUGUAAAACUUCAGUGAAUCAUGGCAUGGUGCCUAAGAUUUAUAACAAAUGCAAAAUUAACACCUCC